ACAAACGUACUAAAAAAAAAAAAAAAUUUGAAGAUCGAAUUUAAUUUUCCAUCAACACUGCACAAAACAUUAUUGAAUAAAUUAAUAUUUCUGGUUCAAAAAUAACACUUCUUUAUCUGUCAUGGCCUUAAAAAUUUGAAAAAAUUCAACUAAAGAAGUAAAAAACAAAAAAUGAGUUCAAACAGUGUUGUUUCAUCUAAAAGCUCGAAAGAGAGUUCGAGACCGGGUGCGGGAAAUACAAAACAAGAAGAUAGCACAAGUCCAGAUUUUAUUUAUGGCGGGCCCUUUAUUAAAGUAGAGAAACCGGAACCGUUUUUUGAUACAGCUACACCUGUAAACCUGCUACUUCAAGGGACAUUUAAAAAGAGUUUUGCUUAUUAUUCACUAAAAGGAAGGCUGCCAAUUAUUUUAACUAAAGUUAUAGAUUACUUAUCAAGAGAUGGCAGUAGAAUUAAAUCCACUCAUAAUGCGAGUGAUGAAGAUAUAAGAGGCUACAUACAAUACAUAACGAAGCUCAAGAACGAUUUGCUUACCAACAAGAAGUAUGACCUCCUCACGGUGGACACCCCAGAAGCGAACAGGUGGAACGAAUGGAUCCUGUCAUCGGAGAACUCCUAUUAUUUUACAAAUACAUGGGUGUUCUCUGAAUGUUACGUUUAUAGGAGACUGAGGGAAGGCUGUGAGUUGAGCAAAAGCUUGAAGAAUUUCGAUCCGUUUGAGGAACAAAAGGAACACGCGUUAAAGAGCAAUAUAGAAUUGAUGUGCGUGGUCGCAGACAAAUUGGUCACCAUGUUGCCGGCCAGCGGGAAGGACAAACGGAAAGCGGAUUUCGUAACACUGUUAAAGAUUUGUCUAUGGGCGAACAAAUGCGACCUCUCGCUGUCUAUGGGCGAGCCGGUGUCGUUUACCGCAGACGGGAACGCAACCAAAAGUCAAACUAAAGUGAACGUCGCGCCCGUCAUUGAUCCGUUCCAGAUGAUUAUAGAUCUGAAGGAGAAGCUACUGGUAGACGACUCGGCCAAAAUAGCCGAUCAGGUCAUAGCGAAAGCUGAAAACAUGGGCAAAGCUGUUGAAGGGAAUACGACAUUUAAAUACCAAUGCAGUUGUCACCGACUGGCAACACUGGCUGGUGUGCCAGUACGCAAAGAGCCACCGCCAGAACUUCCAAUUGCUAAGGGUUCUGCUAGCUCGAAGGGUUCUCCCGAGCCCGCGUCACCAACGGAACCCGAGGAAGGCGUGGAGCUGCCGAAGGUACCCUGCCCCGCUAAGAUGACUACACCCCAAGCUGUAAUAUUUGACAUCGUAUGUGACAACUCGGCGUACGAACUGUUUUCGGACGUAUGUGUAGCACACUUCUUGGUCUCGCAAAAAAUAGUACAAAAGGUCAGAUUUCACGUGAAGAAGAUACCUUGGUUCGUGUCAGAUGUAACUCCUAGGGAUUUCAAUUACUUGUUACAACAGUGCAAGAACGCAACUUACAGAAGAGAAGUACCAUCAGACCCGGCACCAGAGGGCGCGGCCGAGCCGCGUGUGGUGACUUCCGACAACCUGCGGACGGUGGCGCAGCAGUGGCAGCAGUACAUUGACGACGGCACCUUCAUCGUCAUGUGUGACGACUUCUGGACCUCCCCGCACGUGUUCAAGGACAUGAAGAGGUACGACAGCGACGUGUACAGAAAGUUGCAGUUCGCCGUCGCCGUGCUGUUCAAGGGCGAUUUGAACUAUAGGAAGUUGUUGGGCGAGAAGAACUGGAACCCCACCACUGGGUUCGAGACCGCGCUGCAAGGUUUUACACCGGCGCCUGUCAUAGCUUUGCGGACAGUGAAGGCCGACCUAAUAUGUGGACUGCCGAAAGGAAAAUACGAGCAGUUGUCCAAGAUCAAUGAGAAGUGGAUGGAGACUGGAGAUUAUGGAUUGAUCCAAUUCUGCCCGAAAUCUGAACCUCUGAAAGCAGGCGAGCGACCGUGCCCCGACUAUGGGGACACCUGCUUUGGGACUGUCUGCCCAACACAUACUGACCUAUAGUCAUUGACAUGGUCAAAAUUACUUUUUCAGAGGUGGGGAAGGGGAUCAAGCCCUUUAAUAAGGUACAUUAUGUACCCUGGACUACAUAUCUGUACGCGUAACUGAAACUCCGCCCGUAUCUUGGAAUAGACACCAGAAUAUUUUAGGUUGGGCACGGAUCCUCCCGGCCUCUCAGUAAUCGCGUUUAAGAGUAUAAAUUGACUUUGAAUUAUUUGAACAUAAUGUCAUAUGUUACAAUAGAAGCAUUUGUCUACCCAUAGAAAGAGAAUACCAUAGUAAUGCAAUGAGCUUAUUCAUUGUGAAACAGCAAUAGAAUGACGUCAUUAAGUAAACGAACAAAUAAAAAAUUUACCUCCUUAAUCCCAAUGUGUAAUAAUAAUAUAACUAUUUAAUUUAAUCGGAUAAUAUAUAAGCACGCUUUAGACGUGACAAAUAAGUUGAGUCAUCCAAAAACUAAAGUUUACACAGAGCAAGACAAAGGAAUAUUUCCGAUCUUGUUCACGCUUCCAUGUUUUGCUCAUAGUGGUGUCUCUUUCUAUUACUGACAUGGUGUGGUUUUUUUUUAAUGGGUGAAAAUAGAAAAGUAACCCCCCCCCCGCUAACGGUAUACACCCGCGGGGCACCAGUAAAGGAUGAUAGGUGAGGAUGAAGCAGGUCAGUUAACCCACUGUGACGAAUUCAACAAGAAUUGUUCACGAUGGUUUCCAGGGGGAACCACGUGAAGGACGACCUAAUAGGGCAUAUUGCUAGUAAUGGGGCUGUCGAACUCCAUUGCUAACAGCCCCUUUCCCCCCGACAUAGUGUGUUAUAUCUGUUACGACCGCUGUUAUUCUAAAUCUAUGUGAUAGUAAAAUCAAAAUUUAAUAUUUUUUAUUUUCUUUCUACCAUUAGAAUUAAACUUUUCCUCUAAAGAAAACUAAGUUGAAAUUAGUUACAAAAUUUCCGCUUCCAAUGCUAACAUGACAGAUAUACAUAAGUGUGGAUUAUUUACAUGUUUUGACUUAUAAAUUUGACAUUAGCUUACAUUUUUUACGAGAUAUGUACAAACAAAUUUUAAAGCUUUUAUAAACUAUAAAUAUUUCUAUGUCCAUAAUAUCAAUUCUUGCAUUCUCUAAUUUUUUUUUUUUUUAUUAUUUAUCUUACAGCAGUAUACAUAUUGCAUUUGUAAAUUAAUGUAUCGUUCAUUAUUAUCGGAAUUAUAUUUUAAUAAUUAACAUUGUUUUGAACUCAUUUUUUGUUAUCAAUGUUAAACUAUGUUAUUAAAUUUAUUAUUAGGCACAAUUAUUAAAAUUGAACUACAUUUUA